AUGCAGAACCUGUCAGUAGUAGAAAGCCUUACUAAUACAGACACAUCACACCAGAUGUCUCUGGAAGACCUAGCAGUUGAAGUAGGUGGUACGUGUCUCGAUGAAAAUGAUCGUAACUUGAAUGAGAGGAAAAAUAAUGAAGAAAUGAUCAAUCUUGAAGUAAUGCAGCAAAGCCUCCCCAUAGUGAAUAGCAAAGGGAGAAGUUGUGAGGGGUUUUCUGAGCGCAGUUAUAGUACCUCAGAACCCAGCGGUUCCUGGGGUGAUUUUGAAGGCUUCAAGGAGUCCUUAGACAAAUCAGAGAGAUUCAGUCAUAACCUUGAAGUUUUGGUGAAGUCAACAAAAACCUCUAGCGUUCGUACGGACUUAAGCAGCGAACGUUGUAGCGCUUCUGCUGGUCACUUUUGUUCUGAGCCGUCUCUACGCAGUGGGAUACAGGAGGCUUCGAGCUUUCUAAAUGAGGCAAACCACAGCUAUGAGGAUAUAUUUAAGUUGGGCUUUCCGGACGUCUUUGUAUCACAGUCCAGAGAGAGCAUAAGAAGCUUAGAUCAAGUACUUGGUGCAAAUAAUGAAGAUGUUGGGAUUCCUGAACUUACGAAGACUCAACUUUGCAUUGAUUCUGGGAACAUAUGGAGAACACUCAGAGACUUUGAUGAUACCCUCAGCUUAAGACAUCCCUGGAGUAAAUCUCAUUGCCAAGAAAACCUCUUGAGUGUUCUUGGCAUAGAUGCAAAUCAAAAGCACUUUUCAGAAAGCCAGGAUGACAUUUUUGAUGAAUCGAAUGUUAGAGAUAACGAGGACUUCAGAUUUGAUGGAUUCAGUAUUAAUGACUGCAAAGGAGUGAUCCAGACCAAGCUUUCUGUAUCACCGGAUUCCAGACAUGGUCAUCUUUUUGCCUGUAACCUCUUUUUGAAAACCGCAUCAUCAAAUGGAAACAUGCAAUAUAUAACACUCCCAAGGAAGAAGCAAAUUUUUGCUACGCACAACCUAAAACAAAAAUUUUUCAGUAGCGUUGAACCAAAUGCACUUUUUUAA